UGGAUUGAACAUUCUGCAGCCCUGGUGCCCACUCCCAGCGCCUGCCUCCCGAGCCCGUGGCAAUCGCGCGCUGCUCUCCAUCAUGCGGUGGCCAGGCAGCCAGGCGCUUCGGCACUUCUCCACCGGUCAGGUCUAUUUCAAAAACAAGCUGAAGUUGGCGCUUAUUGGCCAGAGCCUCUUCGGAAAGGAAGUCUACAGCCACCUCCAGAAAGAGGGCCACCGAGUAGUGGGGGUGUUCACAGUCCCAGACAAGGAUGGGAAGGCUGACCCUCUAGCUUUGGCUGCAGAGAAAGAUGGGACCCCUGUGUUCAAGUUCCCUAGAUGGAGAGUCAAGGGUAAAACCAUCAAGGAGGUGGCGGAAGCCUACCAUUCAGUGGGCGCCGAGCUCAACGUGCUCCCCUUCUGCACACAGUUCAUCCCCAUGGAUGUCAUUGACAGCCCAAAGCACGGCUCCAUCAUCUACCACCCUUCCCUCCUUCCCAGGCACAGGGGCGCUUCUGCCAUCAACUGGACUCUGAUCUCGGGAGAUAAGCAAGCUGGGUUUUCUGUUUUCUGGGCAGAUGAUGGUUUAGAUACAGGACCUAUCCUUCUGCAGAGAGCAUGCGACGUCAAACCCAAUGACACAGUGGAUGCCCUUUAUAACCGGUUCCUUUUUCCCGAGGGAAUCAAGGCCAUGGUAGAAGCCGUGCAACUCAUAGCUGAUGGAAAAGCUCCUCGCGUUCCCCAGCCAGAAGAGGGGGUGACAUACGAAGGGAUCCAGAGGAAGGAAAAUGCCAAGAUUUCUUGGGACCAGCCUGCUGAAGUUUUGCAUAACUGGAUUCGAGGUCAUGAUAAGGUCCCUGGAGCCUGGGCAGAGAUAAAUGGACAGAUGGUGACAUUCUACGGUUCAUCGUUAUUAACUAGCUCUGUGCCUGCUGGAGAGCCAUUGGACAUUAGAGGAUCCGAGAAGCCUGGCCUUGUUACCAAAAAUGGACUUGUUCUUUUUGGUAACGAUGGAAAAGCACUGGUGGUGAGAAAUCUGCAGUUUGAGGAUGGGAAGAUGAUCCCUGCCUCCCAGUACUUCUCGUCGGGUGAGACCUCAGUGGUAGAACUCACAGCCGAGGAGAUGAAGGUGGCAGAGACCAUCAAGGUUAUCUGGGCUCGGAUUCUAAGCAACGUCCCGGUGAUUGAAGACUCCACAGACUUCUUUAAAUCUGGAGCCAGCUCAAUGGAUGUUGUGAGGCUGGUGGAAGAGAUCAGACAGAAGUGUGGUGGCCUUCAACUGCAGAACGAAGACGUCUACAUGGCCACCAAGUUCGAGGAUUUCAUCCAGAAGGUCGUGCGGAACCUGAGAGGAGAGGACGAAGAGGUGGAGCUGGUGGUGGAUUACGUCUCCAAGAAGGUCAACGAAAUGACCGUGAACAUGCCAUAUCAGUGUUUCAUAAACGGGCAGUUUGUGGAUGCCGAGGAUGGGGAGACUUAUGACACUGUGAACCCCACAGAUGGAUCUACGAUCUGCAGAGUGUCCUAUGCCUCUUUAGCGGAUGUGGACAAAGCGGUGGCUGCAGCCAAGGACGCCUUUGAAAAUGGUGAAUGGGGAAGGAUGAAUGCCAGAGAAAGAGGAAGGCUGAUGUACAGACUCGCUGAUCUGAUGGAAGAAAACCAAGAGGAGCUAGCGACCAUAGAAGCACUGGAUUCCGGGGCUGUCUACACCCUGGCUCUGAAGACUCACAUCGGAAUGUCUGUGCAGACAUUCAGAUACUUCGCAGGCUGGUGUGACAAAAUUCAGGGCUCUACAAUCCCAAUCAACCAGGCCCGUCCAAAUCACAACCUAACCUUCACCAAGAAGGAGCCACUUGGCGCGUGCGCCAUCAUCAUCCCCUGGAACUACCCACUGAUGAUGCUGGCCUGGAAGAGCGCAGCAUGCCUGGCGGCGGGCAACACCCUGGUCCUCAAGCCGGCACAGGUCACGCCCUUGACAGCCCUGAAGUUUGCAGAGCUGACAGUGAGAGCUGGGUUUCCAAAGGGGGUAAUCAACAUCGUGCCGGGCUCAGGGGGAAUCGCAGGACAGCGGCUGUCUCAGCACCCGGACAUCCGCAAGCUUGGCUUCACCGGCUCCACGUCUGUGGGCAAACAGAUCAUGAGCAGCUGCGCUGUGAGCAACCUGAAGAAAGUCUCCCUUGAGCUGGGCGGCAAAUCCCCACUUAUAAUAUUCAAUGACUGUGAACUUGACAAGGCUGUAAGGAUGGGCAUGGGUGCAGUGUUUUUCAACAAAGGAGAGAACUGCAUUGCGGCAGGACGGCUCUUUGUGGAAGAGUCCAUCCAUGACGAAUUCGUAACCAGAGUGGUGGAAGAGAUUAAAAAGAUGAAGAUUGGUGAUCCGCUGGACAGAUCUACAGACCACGGGCCCCAAAACCACAAAGCCCAUCUAGAAAAGCUGCUGCAGUACUGUGAAACUGGGGUGAAGGAAGGUGCCACCCUGGUAUACGGAGGACGACGGGUGCAGCGGUCAGGCUUCUUCAUGGAACCAACUGUGUUCACAGACGUCGAGGACCACAUGUACCUCGCCAAAGAGGAAUCCUUCGGGCCUAUCAUGGUCAUUUCUAAGUUUCCAAAUGGGGACAUCGAUGGAGUUCUGCGCCGAGCAAAUAACACCGAAUAUGGUUUGGCCUCUGGGGUUUUCACCAGAGACAUCAAUAAGGCCAUGUACGUGAGUGACAAGCUAGAGGCGGGAACGGUUUUCAUCAACACCUACAACAAGACAGACGUGGCCGCCCCUUUCGGCGGAGUAAAGCAGUCUGGCUUUGGGAAGGACUUAGGUGAGGAAGCCCUGAAUGAAUACCUCAAAACCAAAACAGUGACACUGGAGUAUUAGAGCAACACCAGCAUCAGGAGGCCGUUGACCAACGGUCGCUGAUGAACAAGGAACGAUCUGGGAGCCACAAAAAUAUACAGAAGGACCAAAAAGACCAAAAAAAGAAGAUUGCGCCACUUGUGCGGCCAUUUGCCUGAGUUUUGGGCCUCUUGGGGAGCAUUUGCAAAAGGACCUCAGUAAAUUCCAGUACACAUCUUUAUCACUGAAUGUCUUACCUCCGUCAGGUAUUAACAACGUUGGUUACUGUUUGUAUUUCUAAAGUGUGGGAGUCUGCUGUCUCUCGGGAAGAACUAUUCACUUCAAGGCCUUCCUUCCUCACUCAGCUAUAAUAUACAGGACUUCUAGAUCUCUAACCCCUGAGCCAUACAUACGGGAUACCGACAAUUACUUCUUUACUUUUGCUAUCAAAGAACAGGCUAUCCCCAUAGAAUGUGAUGGCUGUCCUUUUCAUUCCCAGAGUAAAGCGAUCUUGGUGCCUUUCACUAUUCUGUUGCCCAUCAUGACGUGACAGAUGAGCACCCAGGAACACUUCCUCCAGAACUACCAGCCUGGAACAAAGUUAAGUUCUGAGGACACCAAAAUUACUGACAUGGUCUUUGGUCCUAUAAUUUAAACCCGAGUAAACACCUUUCUAGGCAAAUUUUGGGAGGUAAACAGCGUGAGACAGCCAAUCUUAGUCGUAAUACACUGCCUUACUGUCUGGCUUGGAAAAAAAUGACCCACCUUCUCUGAGCUUUCUAUGUCUUCCUUGUAAAGAGGGGAUCGCAGUGCCUUCUCACAGCCCUGCCUACAAGGACUCCGUGCAAUAAGCAACGCCCCAGCACGGUGCUUCACGGGAAAUACGCCAUUGAAGUCUUUCUUUCUGUCACUAUUUUAGAAGUAGUAAGUUAACUGGCUGCAUGAGGGAACUUCUUAGAAGGCUCUCUAAUCAGUGAAGCUAACUGGUGGGUAAAUGAACUACCUACACUUGUCAGUCAUCAGUGCUUGGGCUCCUCUUCCUGCCCAUUCGCCUCACCAAUGGCAUGCGACAGUACAUGCCACAUACAGUACAACACGUCACAUACAGCACAAUGUGACAACUGUCGUGCCGUGAAAAACGGUGCUCGUUUGCAAUAGUUCACGUCUGUAACGCCAGACUCAGGAGGCCAGGACAGGAUGACCGCUGUCAUUUGAGGUCGUCUGGACUAUGCAGAAAGCUCGAGGCCAGUCUGGGUAUCAAAAACAGGAACAAAAGCCAGACUUUAAAAUGGCACCAGGGAAAGCAUCGCCCUCUCCAUGGCUUUCCUCCUAGCUGCCUACUCACCCCUCACGGGACACUGUUGCGUCCCACUCUCUUACCUGCUGGCUCUGCUGCUCGCUGGCUGUGGGGUGUCAGGCAGGUUGGCGACCUAAAGUCUCUAUGGCUUCAUUUGGUGUAUCAAAGACGGUGAUGAACGAACGCCAUGACUUAUUUGGAUAGUGAUGGCCUGCGUUUGCCCAGCAUCUGCAUGACAUCAUUUAAGAGCUGGCCGCUGCUCCUGUGUGGUGCUCACGUUGUAUCCCACUGUGACACGGGUUAAACUACUGCUUCUGACAUGUAACCAGAUGAAGGAGAAUUCCUGGUCACAGAAGGUGGCCACAUCAGUUAGCUUCACUUACAUCUUCCUUUUGAAGUGCAACUUCAGUGAACACUCCUUCUCCGGCGUGGCAGACGCUCCUGAGAAGUGCUCGCUCCUUAAAAGACUAUACAGGGGUGUGUACGAAUAACACGAGAGGCAGAAAACGUUCCCAAGGAAAGACCCUAGCUUGACCAACGCAGCAAAUACUGCCUUCCAUUACACUACAUUCCAUUAUAACAGUUAACCCAUCCAAUCUUGCCAGAUGGUGGAUGAAGGUGAACGAAGCUGUUCUUUACCUGCGCCCACACACGACAUCAUCUUACAGAAUAUUGUGUCUCUGCUUCCUCCUACAUGUGGUCUUUUUCAAAGUCUGUCAGCCUUGAAUCUCUCCUCAGAACCUAAAGGUUUGUUUAAAAUAAAACUCAGUGUAUUUACUA